AUGUCUCCUUUUGAAGGUUUCUGGAAAUAUAUCAUAAGUGUUGUGUUAAUAACAGGAUUCAUAUGGACUUAUAAUCAAGCACCAUUUUUGUUUGAAAACCCUAGAUUUAUAAUUUCAAGCGAUGAUAUUAAAUACAAUGACUACACUCCCUUCAAUAGACCGAUUUCUUUGGAAAAUGCUUCUGCUGUUUUCAACUUGAUCAAUGGUGUUGCUGCUAAUAAAGACCAAAACAUAUACCCGAAUGGUGUUGCUUUUCUACCAGCAUACAUCUCAGAAGGAACCAUGCUUUAUCAUGGUAACAACCAUGGUGAGAUACCAGCUGGUGUUGGUUGGACAGCUCUAGACUAUGAGUUCAGCUAUGCAUUUAUUGGGCUCACAUCACACAAGAAACAACAAGCAAGUCAACUUCAACAUGUCAUUGAAGCUGAAGGAUUAUACCCUGGUGGAAGCCAUAAACCUCCUGCAAAAGAUCAUAAUACAAUGUUAGCGUUUGAAGUUGUCAAGCCUUUGAAUAAGCUAAUAUUCUUUGACGGUGCUAGUGGUGCUAAGGGAUCAGGGGGUGAACUGGAUACACAAAUGAUUCUGGGUAACGUUCCCAAAGGUGAAGAUGAAUCAGAAUAUAGCUUUGUUGAAAGCGUCUGUAAAUGGGGUAGAUCAUGGGGGCUGGAUGGACUUAUUAGAGUUGAGACUGGAUUUGAAGUUAUAAUAUGUGAUAUGCAUUCUCCAAAAUUAAAAUUAUCUUCAAACACUACUUUAGAAUGGUUUGAAAACUUAUCAGGCAUACCAAAUGAUAACACCAAUGAGAUUGAAAGCAUAUUGAAUAAAUUCAAACAUACAGCUGCAUAUGAUCAGAAGAAAAUGGGAAACGCCCAUGACAAACGAGAUAGAAGAAUUCUUAUAGAUUUUAAAGGUUUGUCUACUCCACUGAAUAAGACAUGGAUACACACAGAUCCUUAUGAAAGAAGACUAAUUGAUAUUCCACAGGUUUUGAAAGAUGAGAUGAGAAAGUCAAUUGAAAAUUAUUUGAAAUCGGAUGGACAUGCUGACCCCUUUUCAGGUACUGACUGGCAAUUGGUUUCAAAUGAAAUUGUUGCCAAAUUUUCGGAUAUUUUACAACUGCUCUCAAUAUAUCUUGAACCUUUGGACUUUGAAAAUUUGUCCGAUUUUGAUUUGAUGCAGGUGGUUACUAAUGUAACAGUACUUACUGGUAACUUUGUCAGGCGAUUCAGUGAGUUUCAACUUGCAGAUGAUAAGUACAAUCAAAUGAGAGAGGCAAAGCUGAAAGCCGUUUAUGAAUAUGCACAUUUCCACGGUGGUUUGGCAACAGAAUCGGAGAUUCUUAUCUGGUCAUCGUUCAUUAAAGUUACAGAAGCUCUUGUUGAUAUAAUGUUUGGAUUCUUUGAUGUAUCUAAUAAGAUGGUUGUCAGAAGUAUUGUUGAGAAAAAACCAUUGGGUGACUUAAAAUCACAAUUUCAAUCCAUCAAAAUUCAGUUUAUGGAAUUAUUUCAGCUACUCAAUUGGUCUUCGUUUUAUGAUUGUGAUCACAAGUGUGGGUUGGAUAGUGUCUGUUUGACUCCUUUUGCUUUGAGAGGAGCAAGAAGAUUCCCCAAGACACUUCAGUGUACAUCCUAUCUCUGA